CCCAACUGGGCAUGCCAGUGCCCUCUCUCUCUCAAAAUAAACAAACAUUUAACAAAGAAAAAAAAAAAAGAAACCCUACUUGAAUACUUCCUCCAAUCUCAUUUUCUUCCCUUCCUCCCCAGAGGUAACCACUAUUCCUGAAUUUGGUGUUUAUCUUCCUCUUGAAUGUUUUGAAACAUAGUAUAUCUUACACAGUAUGAUAUACUGUGUAUGUAUGUAUGUGUAUGUGUGUGUAUGUAUGUAUCCAUACAUAUAUAUGUAUCCAUAAACAGAAUGUCACAUUGUUUUGCAUUGUUUUGCAUGUUGGACUUUUCAUUCUACAGUGUGCUUUUUUUCACAUAAAACUGUUUAAAAUAUUUAUGCAUGUUGGGUGCCUGGCUGGCUCAGUCGGUGGAACAUGUGACUCUUGGUCUCAGGGUGUAGAGAUUACUUAAAACUAAAAUCUUUAAAAUAUUUACCCAUGUUGAUACAUACAACUCUUAUCCAUUCAUUUAAGCCACUGUAUAGUAUUCCGCUGCUUGAAUAUAUCUAGUUGAUCCAUUCCUUUGUUGACAGGCAUUUAGAUUAUUUCCCAGUUUUCCAAAUAGUGCUCCAAUUCACAUCUUAUAAAUGUCUCUUUGUAUGUUUGUGGGAAAGUUUCAGUAGGCCAGUAAGCAUCAAACAUAUUUUGCCACAUACUCUUAGAAGUAAAAAUAAUUCACCAUGCAUUUCUAAUGUAUGAAUGUGUAUUUAUUUAUGAAUUAUGUAUGUGAACCACUAUAACAAAUUAGUGUGUCCAUGAUAAGACAUAAAACAUAUAAAAGGGGGGAUUGAAAAGUGAAGGAAGGGGCUCCUGACUGGCUCAGUCCAUAGAGCAUGCCACUCUUGAUCUCAGAGUCGUGAGUUUGAGCCCCACAUUGGGAAUAGAGAUUACUUAAAAAAAAAAAAAGUGAACUAAAUAACAUAUUACAAAUAUCCUACAUAUUGCAAAAAUCUGUAGUCAAAAUAAGGUUGCAUAUGCUUCAUUACUUUGCCCACUUCUUUUUUUCUUUUCUUUUCUUUUUUUUUUAAUGUUUAUUUAUUUUUGAGAGAGAGAGAUAGAGAGAGAGUGCGAGCAGGGCAGGGGCAGAGAGAGAGGGAGACACAGAAUCGGAAGCAGGCUCCAGGCUUGAGCUGUCAGCACAGAGCCUGACGUGGGGCUUGAACCCACGAACCAUGAGAUCAUGACCUGAGCUGAAGUCGGACGCCCAGGUGCCCCACCACCUUAACCGUUUUUAAGUGUACAGUUCAGUAGUGCUAAGGAUUCAUUACUGGCAAGAAUUUCUCUUGAACUUCAGUGAUUUUUUUCACUUGUUGGCCAGCUGCCUCCCUCUCAAUGCUGGUUGGAUUUUCAUUGAACCUGAGUGUUUGUACUUGGAGCAUUCACUUAUGAGUAACCUAAAUCUUGCUUCUUUGAACCAAUUUUAUUAAAUCCUGUGUCCACUUUGGAGGGUUAGGAAAAUCAAAUCCAGAUAGCAUAAUCUGGAUUAUGUUUUAAUGUUUAAUCCAUCUAUCUGGUCAUAUGUAAACUACAUAGAAUAUGAACAUACAAACACACCACAGAGCUGAAAGAAAACACACAAUACCCCUCCAGAUAUGAAGCUUCCACUUCCCCUUCCCCAGGUAACUCACCUGACUUACUACAUAACCAAAGUGUGUGACAAGAGAGGCCCCAGGGAGGGCACCAGUGUCAAUCGAUUUACGACAGAUUAGCAAAGCUUACUUAUGUUUAUUCUUUUAGCUAAAAAAUAAAUUUAGGGGCACCUGGGUGGCUCAUUCGGUUAAGCGUCUGACUUCGGCUCAGGUCAUGAUCUCGCUGUUUGUGGGGUCGAGCCCCGCAUCGGGCUCUGUGCUGAACGCUCGGAGCCUGGAGCCUGCUAUGGAUUCUGUGUCUUUGUCUCUGCUUCUCCCCACUCAUGCGCUCUCUCUCUCUCUCUCUCUCUCUCUCUCUCUCUUAAAAACAAACAUUACAAAAACUUUUUAAGUAAAUUUAAUUCUAAUGUUUCCUUCCAGCAGCUCUGUGAUUAUCUUGUGCUGGGGGAGUACACACCUCUCUCUGGAGACUAGGAUAUACCUAGAAACAAUUGCUGGGUCGAACGGCACAUACCAUACUGGGUGUCUUGAAAUUGCUCUCCUAAGGUUUUGUUCCAGGUUAUAUUCCCACUCUUUUCCUCACUUUUUUAAAAAAAGAAUUUAGUAUAGUGUUUGACACAGUAGGUUUUAAAAAAAAAUUUUUUUUUAAUGUGUAUUUAUUUAUUUUUGAGAGGGACAGAGAAAGUACAGGGGAUGGGGCAGAAAGAGAGACAGAAUCCCAAGCAGGCUCUGAGCUGUCAGCACAGAGCCCGACGCGGGGCUUGAACUCCCAAACCACAAGAUCACCACCUGAGCCAAAAUCAAGAGCCAGAUGCUUAACCAACUGAGUGCCCAUGCCCCCCUCCUCCUCAUAUUUUUGUUAAAACUUGGUUUUGUCAUAAUUUUUCCAGUCAAAAGGGUGUGAAAUGGCAUCUGUUCAAUUUGCAUUUUCCUAAUUACUAGUGAGUUUGAGCAUUUUUUAUAUGUUUAUUAUCCAUUAAAUUUUCCUCAUUUUUGAAUUGCCUAUUUAUAUCUCUUGUAGGCUUUUCUGUUGGAUUGUCUUUUCCAUACUGAUUUGUAAGAGUCUAUUUUUCUUUUUUUUUUUUCUAUUUCAUCAUUUUCUAUUCUUUAUUCUUUCUGACCACCUGCAAAUUUUGAGUGUGCUCGUUCUUCAUGUUCUGACUUCUCAAGGUGAACAGUUAGCUGAUUCAUUUUCAUUCUGUCUUAUUUUCUAACAGCAUAUCCAUUUACGGUCAUACAUUUUCCUCUAGUUACUUUAGCUGAAUUUUACAGCUUCUUAAACAGCUUUUGAUAUGUAGUGUUUUUGUUUUUGUUCGUUCCUUUGGUUUUUGUUUUGUUUUUAGGUAAGCUCUACACCCAACAUGGGGCUGAGAUCAGGAGCCUCACACUCUACUGACUGAAACAAGUUUUCCUGAUACAUAGUUUUUCACUGUUGGCAGUUCUCAAUAUAUUGCAUUUCCUCAUUGUUUUAGUCUCCUAUCAUGAAUUAUUUGGAAGUAUGGUUUUAAUUUCCAGGGGUAUGCAUUUGGUUUUACUCCCUUAAAAUUUUUUUCUUUAUUGAUUUUUUUUACUGUUUAUUUUUGAGAGACAGAGAGACGGAGCAUGAGUGGGGGAGGGGUAGAGAGAAAAGGGGACAGAGGAUCUGAAGGGGGCUCUGUGAGGGCAGCCAGAGUGGGGCUCAAACUCAGGAACCAUGAGACCAUGACCUGAGCUGAAGUUGACUGCUUACCUGUCUCAGCCACCCAGGUGCCCCUUUUUAUUGAUUUCUAACUUAAUUAUAAUAUGGUCAUAGGAGAUGUUCUAUAUGAUGUUGAUUUUUUUGGUAUUCGUUGAUACAUUAGUGGCAUAAUGUAAGUCUAUUCUUAUACUCCUCCAUGUGUACUUGAAAAUCAUAUUUAUUUUCUAAUAUUUGUAUAUGAAAGUUUGUCAUAUCAUUUAAUCUUUUAUAUGUUACAAAUUUUAUUUUAUUUUUGUUUCAUCUGUCUUUUCGGGGUAAAAAUCUGUUAAAAUGCCCUACGAUAUAUGUAGAUUUCAGUCUUCCCUUGUAUUUCUGCCUUAAGUAUUUUGAGGCUCUGUUUGUUAGAUUCAUGUGAAUGCUAGGUUUUACCUAGUUCCUAGUGAAUUGUUUAUCAUCAAGCAAUGAUACCUAUAUUCCUAAUAAUUCUUUUAUCUCUUAAGAUCUGUUUUGUGUGCCUGGGUGGCUCAGUCAGUUAAGCGUCCAACUUCGGCUCAGGUCAUGAUCUUGGAAUUUAUCGAUUGGAGCCCCACAUGGAGCUCUGUGCUAAACAGCUCAGAACCUGGAACCUGCUUUAGAUUCUGUGUCUCCUUGUCUCUCUAACCCUACCCCGUACCCCACUCUCUCUCUCUCUCUCUCUGUCUCUCUCUGUCUCUCACAAAAAUAAACAUUAAAUGUGUGUGUGUGUGUGUGUGUGUGUGUGUGUGUGUGUGUGUGUGUUAACAGAUUUUAAUAUUGCUGUGUCAGUUUUCUUUCUUCAUGUUGCCGGACAUUGAGAGGCAGCACAGAGCCGUGUUAAGAGCAUGGCCUCUGGGGCGCCUGGGUGGCUCAGUUGGUUAAGCGUCCGACUUCAGCUCAGGUCACGAUCUCGCCCUCCAUGAGUUCGAGCCCAGAGUCGGGCUCUGGGCUGAUGGCUCAGAGCCUGGAGCCUGCUUCCAAUUCUGUGUCUCCCUCUCUCUCUGACCCUCCCCUGUUCAUGCUCUGUCUCUCUCUGUCUCAAAAAUAAAUAAACGUUAAAAAAAAUUAAAAAAAAAAAACAAAAAAAGAGCAUGGCCUCUCUAGUCAAACUGCCUGGGUUCAAAUCCCAGCCCUAACACUUUCUGGCUGUGUGACCUCAAGCAAGUUAUAACCUCAGUGUUCCCAUGUACAAAACGGGCAUUGUUAACUACUCACCUCACCUUAAUUUAGGAGGAUUAAAGUAAUUACUAUUUUUAAGGCACUUUGGGGGCCCCUGGGUUGAGGGUCAGACUCUUGGCUUCCGCUUAGUUCACGAUCUCACAGUUCACAGGAGUGGCCCCAUCACACAGUCAGGCUCUGCGCAGACAGUAUGAGCCUGCUUGAGAUUCUGUCUCUCCCCUUCUCUCUCUGCCUCUCCCCUGCCCGUGCUUGUGCACUCUCUCUCUCUCUCUCUCUCUCUCAAAAUAAAUAAAUAAAUUUUAAAGCACUCGAAUAUCAUGGUAGAAGAGCUACCUAUGUAUUUAUAAAAUAGAGUAAUUAAAUAUAUCUGCAUUCCUUUUCUGUGUCAUCAUUUUAUAGGCAUUCCUCUGAUAAACACCAUAUAUAACUGGUAGAUACUGCAGUGCUGCAGUAGAUAUUACCACUUUCCUUCAGGAAUCAAGAAAAAUGCUGAGAAAGAAGAUUUUGAAGUACCAUCUCAAAAUAUUUUCUGCCAGAUAGUAAAAGGGGCUCAACUGGAAGUUUCCAGUUGUCUGGAAAAAUGCCGGAUGAGCUCUGCGGAUGCUGGGAGGCAGCCCUUCUCUGGAAAGUCCUUUUAUCUGGAUCUGCCUGCUGGCAAGAGUCUCCAGUUUUUGACGGGGGCCAUCCAGCAGCUGGGUGGGGUAAUUGAGGGUUUUCUGAGCAAAGAAGUAAGUUACAUCGUGUCCAGCCGCAGGGAAGUGAAGGCAGAGAGCAGUGCGACAGGCCACAGAGGCUGCCCCAGUCCCAGCGAGGUCAGGGUGCAGACACCGUCCACGGCCCAUCCGAAGUGCGGCCACCCCCGGCCUCCACAGAAACCCACAGACUCGGUGCCUUUGAGCAGAGGGAAGGAGCUACUGCAGAAAGCCAUCAGAAACCAGGGGAGCAGCAGCGGAGGAGGUGGCGGGAGCAGCAACAGUCUCCUGACCAGUGCCCGCUCCUGGGGAGUGAGGAUCCUGCAUGUGGACGAAAUGAUGAUGCACGUGCAACAGCUGUCUCUUGACGCCUUGCGUGUGACGAAACAGGGGCCAAAGAAGAAGCCAGAGGGAACGCGUCCAGCAGAAUCAAGAACGCGGAAAGUGGCCAGACUGAAGGCACCAUUCCUCAAAAUUGAAGAUGAGAGCAGGAAGUUUCGUCCUUUCCACCAUCAGUUUAAAUCCUUUCCUGAAAUUUCUUUUCUGGGACCCAAAGAUGCAAGCCCUUUUGAGGCCCCGAUGACCCUGGGCAGCUCGCAUCAUACCAGAGAACCCAAGGACCGAGAGCCAAGCCGGCGAUUGGCCACCCGCACCCCACCCAGGAGAAGGAAGGGCUUCUGUGAGUGCUGUCAAGAGGCCUUUGAAGAGCUCCACGCGCAUCUCCAGAGCGCCCAGCACCGGGGCUUUGCCCUAGAAGCCCACCCGUAUGCAGAAGUCGAUCGGGUCAUUGCCCAGCUCGGCCACAGCUUUGCUGACACCCCCUCGCAGGCCAGCCUCCCCAGGCAGCCAGGCUCCCCGUGUUCAGAUCGUGACCUGCUGUGUCCUGAGACUCCGCCUCCUACCCAGCCCUGCCAUCCCAGGGCAGCAUCUCCCAGGAUGAAAGAGGAAGACGAGCAUCAGGCCCCAGGCACUCCAGAGCAGGAUGGGACGGUGGGCAGCAUGAAGGCAACCGAUGAACCUGUGGGGGCUGGUGAGAUGCUGGGACUAGUAGCAAGCUGCCAGGAGCUGGGAGGGUCAGUUCAUGUCAUUGCAGACCCCCCAGAGACACCAGUGUCCAAGAGCCCUGCACACCAGAGCCUCUUGACAAGCUCUGGUUCUACAGAACUCUCUGGCUCGGAUGUCGCGCUUUUCGGCCACAAGCGGAAGAUUCGGCUCCCCAGUGGCAAUCCUGAAAAGAGGUCAGGGGUCUCCCGGCCACAGGCCUCAUUCUUUGUUCCAAGAACCACCAGCCCUUGUGGCGCCAGGACAGCCAGUGGCGGGCACCCCCUCUUCCUUCCCCCUCCUGAUUGUGAGCACAGGCCUCUGGCCCCUCUCCUCCCCUGGUGCCACCCACAGACCUGCCUCCCCCUCCCCACAGAUGGGCCAGCAGAGUGCUGGGCCACACAGCCCCCUUGGCCAGGGGAGGACAGCCCGCUGGGAUCUGAGGAUUCUGAGUGUGCCGCCCCUGGCCCUGGCUGAUCAGCUCCCUAGCUGCCCUGUGGCUCCAGGCCAGCUGUCAGCCCACCUGCACUCAGCAGCUGACGUGCAGCCUGCAGGAAGACCCGCAGAGAGUCUGUCUACCUCUGUCCCCUGCUCUCAGCCAGUGGGGGAGCCAGCUGCUCCCAAUGGUUCUGGGCCUCCCAGCCUCCCUGUCUCAGCCCUAGCCCAGUGCCAGCAGAGAACUGAUACCAUGAGUCUCCUGGGGCACGCAGUAGCUCUCUACUUGAGGGCCAGAUACACAGAAGUUAUACUCUGCUGAGUGCUGCACAGCCAGCAGGGGCCAGACCAAGCACAGGGAGGACAGCACCUCAGGGCCUCCCCACCAGAGCCAGAAGAGCCGCUGGCCUGGCCUUUGAAGUCCAAGAGAACAGCAGUUGUCAUGGCCAAGCUCUGUAGGCUCGACAGAGCCAGUCCUCCCACUCACUGGGUCUUAGGUUAGGACCAAGAGAGUCUGGGCUGGGGGCUGCCCUCUACCCCUUCCUCCAGCCAGCUCCCUGACCAGGCAGCAAUCUGAUGGUCUUGCUCAUCAUCCCUGCCAGCUGCCCACACCAGGAGGCAGAGGCAAGGUUGGCAUAGGGAGGGACCACAAAGGAUCUAGAACGGCAGGAGCCCUGGCCUGGCUUCCUGUCCCUCUGAAGGCACUUGCCUCUUGCAGAGCCGAGUUUUGGUGUUCCCCACCCCCAUCCCAGCCUCCUUUCCCAGGAGCAUGUGGCUCUCCUGCUUUCUGAAAUGCCUGUUUGUCCCCUCCCCCAGCCCCCCACGCUCGUGCACACGGAUCCUCAGGAACAUACGAAGCAGAGGAGGGGCUGGGCUGCAGCACCUCCAGAGCUCCCUCGCCCCCCUGCAUUUGGUGGGAGCCUGGUGCUGAAAUGACCUUUCUCCUGAGCCCAGGAUAUGGCCAGAGCCCCCUCUGGGGACCCCUCUGCUCUUCCCUGGCUGCCCUCUGCCAUUUCUGCUCUUCCAGGGUCGGGAUUCACCUGCCAACUUCUGCAUCACCCUCUUCUCUCCCUCCUUCCCCAAGGACCUCCCCCCAUUUCUUUCAGCCAAGCCAUUAAUCUGGAGACGAGAUGGGUUUGCUAUUGAUUCUUUGGCCACUUUUUUUUUUUUUUUUUUUUUUUUUUUUACAUUUUGUGCUGUGGUUCUUCUCACCCUUCUCUGCGUCUGUGUGUUUGUUUCUUUAAAUGUUGAAGCUACAAGAAGCCUGGUGCUAUUCUGUGUCUCAUUUUGGAGGAAGAAAGGGGGGCCUCGCUGUGGGUGAGGACCUGAGUUGUUAGUUUGGAAAUAGAGCAACUGUGUGUACAACCCUCAUAGAGGUCAUGUUUGGCCUUUUUAUGCCAUUCCUGUUAAAUUUCACAAUUAAUCUUGGUUCAGGAACUGUAAAUAAAUUUGUUAAUAACAAAUAGCAAA